AUGCAUUCAGACCAGGAGCAUGUGCCGCAUACACCCACGGCGGCUGCCAUUCAGAGCGCAGAGCCUGCCCGCAUCGCUGAUCCCGAAUCCAAAUCGACCAAAUUCUUCGACAAGACCGAAGUCACUGAGAAAGACUCACUAGACAACCGCGCGCAAUCUGUCGGUAGUGGCUCUAUGAAGUCGUCGCAUGACCAUACCCGUCGCAAGCUCAAACCUCGCCAUGUACAAUUGAUCGGUAUUGGAGGCACAAUCGGUACGGCGUUGUACGUUCAGAUUGGAUCAAAUUUGCGUACCAGUGGUCCUGCCAGCUUGGCUGAAAUGGUCACAUACCUACCCAUCUCCUCACCUUUUAUCCGAUUCGCCGGCCGCUACGUCGACGAGGCAUUGGGAGUCGCAGCCGGAUACAACUUCUUCAUUUUCGAAGCUGCAUUGGUCCCAUUCGAAAUUGUCGCCGUCAGCCUAAUCGUGCGAUACUGGACAAACGUGAUCCCAGUCGCAGCAAUGAACGUCAUAGUCCUAGUGCUCUAUGGAGCCCUAAACCUCUUCGCAGUAAAAUGGUACGGCGAAGCCGAAUUCUGGCUCUCCCUCGGCAAAGUCCUCCUCAGCAUCGGCCUGAUCUUCUACACAUUCAUCGUCAUGCUAGGCGGUAACCCUCUCGGCGACAGAUUCGGCUUCCGAUACUGGAACGAGCCAGGCGCUUUUGCCGAGUACUACAAAACAGGCGAUACGGGUCGCUUCCUCGGUGUGCUGUCGGCACUCAUCGCAGCGAGUUUCACUAUCGCCGGUCCGGACUACGUCUCCAUGGCUGCGGGUGAAACAAUGAACCCUCGCAAAGUCCUGCCCAAGGCUUUCAACGGUGUCUUCUAUCGUCUUACGGCUUUCUUCGUGCUGGGUGUUCUGUGCAUUGGUAUUCUCGUGCCAUACAACGAUAAGACUAUGGCGGAUGCAUUUGACAAUGAUCAACCCGGUGCUGCGGCUUCGCCGUAUGUCAUCUCCAUGGACCGGUUGAAUAUUCCUGUCUUGCCUGAUAUUGUUAAUGCGGUCGUUCUUACGGCUUCGUUCAGUGCGGGGAAUAGUUAUAUGUACUGUGCUAGUCGCAGUCUUUACGGCUUGGCGUUGGAAGGAAAGGCUCCUAAGUUUCUGACCAAGUGCACGAGCCGGGGUGUGCCUGUCUACUGUGUUGCAAUUGUUCUUGUCAUUGCUCUGCUCAGUUUUUUGCAGGUUUCUAACAGUGCCGCUGUUGUGCUGAACUGGUUCGUUAAUCUGGUGACGGCUUCCCAACUCAUCAAUUUCUCUGUCGUGACAUUCACCUAUAUCCGCUUCAAAAAGGCUGUGGAAGCACAGGGCAUCUCAAGAGACUCCCUGCCCUACCGCAGCUGGUGGCAACCCUACAUCGCUUACAUUGCCUGCACUUGCACAACAAUAAUGGCUUUUGUUGGUGGGUACACCGUCUUCUUGCCAGGGAAUUGGUCCAUCCCGACAUUCCUUUUCUCUUAUACCAUGAUCGGCGUCUUUCCCAUUCUUUACUUUGGGUGGAAGUUCUUCCAUAAGACUAAGUUCCUUAAGCCUGAAGAGGUUGAUUUGAUGACUGGUGUUGUGGAAAUUGAGGAGUACACUAGGGAUUUCGUUACUGAGCCGCCUAAGACUACCCUUCACAAGUGGGUGUACAAGAUCUUCGAAUGA